CGCGCGGCGCAAACAUGGCGGCUGCUGGCACCGGCCGGUGAGGCGGUACCGGGCGGGGGCUGCUGGGUGUCAUGGGCGGUGGCGGCGGUACCGCCCCCGUGUCUCCCUGAGCGGGACGGCAGGGGGGCCUCUGCGCCGAGCCGGGCGAUGGACGAGAGUGGCGAGCUGGUCGGUCUGGAGACCAUGGAGGCGCUCACGGAGCUGGGCGACGAGCUGACCCUGGGGGACAUCGACGAGAUGCUGCAGUUCGUCAGCAACCAAGUGGGCGAGUUCCCCGACUUGUUCUCUGAGCCGCUGUGUGGCUCCUUCCCUGGCGGCGGCGGCAGCGGCGGCGGCGGCGGCGGCAGCAAUAGUGGGGGCAGCACCGUGGACCCCUCGAUGCAGCGAGUCUUCAGCCAGGUCCCGCUGGCCCCCUUCUCCCCCUCCACCGCCUCCCCCCCAGCUCCAGCCCUGCAGGUCAAAGUGCCCCCCGCCACGGUCCCCACCCCCCCCAGGGCCACGCCCGUGCUGCAGCCCCGGCCGCAGCCCCAGCCGCCAGCCCAGCUGCAGCAGCAGACCGUCAUGAUCGCCCCCACCUUCAGCACCACCCCCCAGACCAGGAUCAUCCAGCAGCCUCUGAUCUACCAGAACGCAGCUACCAGCUUCCAAGUCCUCCAGCCGCAAGUCCAGAGCCUGGUGACGUCGCCCCAGGUGCAGCCGGUCACCAUCCAGCAGCAGGUGCAGACGGUCCAGGCCCAGCGCGUGCUGACGCAGACGGCCAACGGCACGCUGCAGACGCUGGCCCCUGCCACCGUGCAGACGGUGGCUGCGCCCCAGGUGCAGCAGGUCCCGGUCCUGGUGCAGCCUCAGAUCAUCAAGACGGAUUCCCUCGUCCUGACCACGCUGAAGACGGAUGGCAGCCCUGUGAUGGCCACGGUCCAGAACCCGGCCCUCACUGCCCUCACCACCCCCAUCCAGACAGCCGCCCUCCAGGUACCGACCCUGGUGGGCAGCAAUGGGACCAUCCUGACCACCAUGCCCGUGAUGAUGGGGCAAGAGAAAGUGCCCAUCAAGCAGGUGCCCGGGGGGGUCAAGCAGCUCGAGCCCCCCAAAGAAGGAGAAAGGCGGACCACACACAACAUCAUUGAGAAGCGCUAUCGCUCGUCCAUCAAUGACAAAAUCAUCGAGCUGAAGGACCUGGUCAUGGGGACGGACGCCAAGAUGCACAAAUCCGGCGUCCUGCGCAAGGCCAUCGACUACAUCAAGUACCUACAGCAGGUCAACCACAAGCUGCGCCAGGAGAACAUGGUGCUGAAGCUGGCAAACCAGAAAAACAAGCUGCUGAAGGGCAUCAAUCUAGGCACCCUGGUGGACAGUGAAGUGGACCUGAAGAUCGACGACUUCAACCAGAACGUCCUCCUCAUGUCUCCCCCGGCGUCCGACGCAGGCUCCCAGGCCGGCUUUUCCCCCUACUCCAUCGACUCUGAGCCUGGAAGCCCCCUGUUGGAUGACGCAAAGGUCAAAGAUGAGCCCGACUCCCCUCCGGUCGCGCUGGGCAUGGUGGACCGCUCCAGGAUCCUGCUGUGCGUGCUCACCUUCCUGUGCCUGUCCUUCAACCCGCUGACCACUCUGCUGCGGUGGGGAGGGGCCCGCGACGCCGACCCGCACCCGCACUCCGGGCGCAGCAUACUGUCCCUCGAGUCAGGUUCCGGGGGCUGGUUUGACUGGAUGAUGCCGACGCUCCUCUUAUGGCUGGUGAACGGCGUGAUCGUCCUGAGCGUCUUUGUGAAGCUGCUGGUGCACGGGGAGCCCGUGAUCCGGCCACACUCGCGGUCCUCCGUCACCUUCUGGAGGCACCGGAAACAGGCGGACCUGGACCUCGCCAGGGGGGACUUUGCCGCUGCUGCCGCCAACCUGCAAACCUGCCUGUCGGUGCUGGGCCGGGCGCUGCCCACCUCCCGCCUGGACCUGGCCUGCAGCCUCUCCUGGAACACCAUCCGCUACAGCCUGCAGAAGCUGCGCCCAGUGCGCUGGCUGCUCAGGAAGGUCCUGCAGCGCUGGCGGGCCGCGGCCGCGGGCUUCGAGGACGAGGCGAAGGCCAGCGCCCGGGACGCAGCCCUGGCCUACCACCGGCUGCACCAGCUGCACAUCACAGGGAAGCUUCCUGCAGGAUCUGCCUGCUCGGACGUACACAUGGCCCUGUGUGCCGUGAACCUGGCUGAAUGUGCGGAGGAGAAAAUCCCGCCCAGCACGCUGGCCGAGAUCCACCUGACCGCCGCCAUGGGGCUGCAGACCCGCUGCGGGGGCAAGCUGGGCUUCCUGGCGAGCUACUUCCUCAGCCGGGCCCAGAGCCUGUGCGGCCCCGAGCGCAGCGCCAUCCCCGACUCCCUGCGCUGGCUCUGCCACCCGCUGGGCCGGAGGUUCUUCCUGGAGCGGAGCUGGUCGGUGAAGUCGGCCGCCAGGGAGAGUCUGUACUGCGCCCAGAGGAACCCAGCCGACCCCAUCGCUCAGGUGCACCAGGCCUUCUGCAGGAGCCUGCUGGCGCGAGCCGUGGAGUGCCUGGUGAAGCCCCAGGCCAGGAAGAGGGCCGGCGGCCAGGACGAGGAGAGCUGUGAAUUCUCCAGUGCCCUGGAGUUCCUGAAACUACUCAAUUCUUUCGUGGACUCUGUGGGGGUUGCGCCUCCUCCCUUCUCCAGCAGCUCCGUGCUCCAGUCAGCCCUUGGCCCUGACGUCGUCUGUCGCUGGUGGUCCUCGGCGGUCACGAUGGCCAUCGGCUGGCUCCAGGGGGAUGAUGCAGCUGUGCGUGCCCAUUUCACCGAAGUCGAGCGUGUCCCCGCAGCCCUGGAAGUGACCGAGAGCCCCCUGGUCAGGGCCGUCCUGCACACCUGCAGAGCCAUGCACGCCUCGCUGUCCGCGAAGGCCGAGGGGCAGCAGAGCUCCUUCGGCCACUGCGAGAGGGCCAGCGGCCACCUGUGGAGCAGCCUCAACGUCAGCGGCGCCUCCUGCGACCCCGCCCUCAACCACGUGGUCCAGCUGCUGACCUGUGACUUGCUGCUGUCACUGCGGACAACACUCUGGCAGAAGCAGGCCGGAGCCAGCCAGGCCCUGGGCGAGACCUACCACGCUUCAGGCGCCGAGCUGGCGGGCUUCCAGCGGGACCUGGGCAGCCUGCGGCGGCUGGCUCACAGCUUCCGCCCGGCUUACCGCAAGGUGUUCCUGCAUGAAGCCACCGUGCGCCUGAUGGCAGGCGCCAGCCCCACCCGCACCCACCAGCUGCUGGAGCACAGCCUGCGGCGGCGCACGGCGCAGGGCGCCAAGCACGGUGAGCGCGGACUGCCCGGGGCCAGGGGCCGCUGUGACCAGCACACAGCUAUUUGGCGGCAGCAGUCUUAA